AUGCAAACUGUUUUUCAUAUUCAAGAAAAACCACCACCUCCAACUAAAAAGCAAAAACGUCAAAGAAUAUCAUUAAGCUGUCAAAGUUGUAAAAGAAGAAAAAUUAAAUGUGAUAGAUCAAGUCCUUGUAACAAUUGCAUAAAAUAUAAACAAGAAUGUAUUUAUUCUGAUCCAGUUUGGAAUCAAAAGGAAAAUAGUAGUGGUUCAUUUUCAGUCUCAAGAUUAUCUCAAAUUACUCCACAAGAAUCACCAAAAAUAACUACACCAGAAGAUGUACAAUCUCAAUUAUCAUUGUUAAAAGAGAAAAUUGAUGAAAUUGAGUCAAAUUUAAAACCAAUUAAGAAUAAUUCUGUAAAUUAUAAUGAUUUAAAUAAUCCUACAUAUAUUGGAAUCAAUCCAUAUCUUGAUGAUAAUGAAGUAAUCAAUUUUUAUCAUGGUUAUCAAUCUGUUCAUGUACAUGACGUCAUUCGAAGAACAAAUUAUGGACCAUUUUCAUGGCUAUCAUUACUUAAAAAGGAUCCUGCAUUAUUACAGCAGUGGAAUUAUUUACAAAAUUAUCGUGAUGAUUAUAAAAAGAAAAUGGUAUCAACAAAUCGAGAUGAAUGUAAAGCUAAUGAUACUGAUGAACAUUUUCGUGAAAAGGCAAUUGAUAGAGAUGGAUAUAAUGAUUUAAGAUUAUAUAAAACAAAAUUAAGUGAUAUUAGAACAAAACUUAAUUGUAAGAUUGAUUGUACAAAAAUUAAUAAACAUGGAAUGAUUUUAGGAUUAACUAUGUAUGAAGGGAAAAUUGAUCAAGAGUUGAAAUUGAUUGAAAAGAUUAAAAUUACCCUUCCUAAACAACGAAUCAUUUGGUUAUUGAUUAAUAAGUUUUUUGCGGAACUUUACCCAUUUAUGCCUAUAUUAGAUGAAGUUUCAUUUAAAACUGAAAUGGAGAGGAUUUUAGGAGUUGAAGAUUAUAAGGAUGAACCACCACAAGUUGUCAUUGAAAAAAGAUUAGAUUUUGCUUAUUUAGGCAUAAUGUUAAUUAUAAUUAGACUAUCUUACCUUGCAUUAUUUUCAAAUAAAAAUGAAAAUAAUCAACAAAAUUUUGAGUCAAAUAAUGAAGAAUUAAAAUACCUUCUUAACAAUCCAAUCAAUAUUAAUCUUAUAGACAUGGCACAAUUAUGUCUUGAACAAUUUGAAAUUUAUCGGAAAACAAAUUUAAUCGUACUUCAAUGUACAUUUUUAUUAAGAUUAUAUAGAAUGUUUGCACCUGAAGAUGGAGAUGGUGCAGAUGGUGGAGAUUCACAAACCUUUAAUGGAAUGCUUAUACAAAUGAGUUAUAAUUUAGGAUUGAAUAGAGAACCUUCACAAGAUUUAAAGAUUGAUAAUAUAAUUAGAAAAACUUGGUUCUUUUUAAUUAUUUGUGAUUUAAUUCAAGGUUAUCAAUUUGGGAAUCCAUUGAAUAUAGAUGAGAAAUAUUAUGAUACAAAAUUACCAUUUUAUCUACAUGGAAAUGAAAACAUUUUAAAUAUUGAAAUGGAAAAAUAUGUAAUUGGCACAUUUGCAUAUUUUGAAAAAUAUCAUUAUAAACUUUUACAUUUAUUAAAUACAACUUUAGAUAUAAAAAAAUUGGUAAAAAUUUCAGAAUUGACACAGUUAAUUAAUGAUUUUGAAGUAUUCCUUAAUGAUAAUUUUGGUAUGCUUAAAUUUAUAUUAAUACCAUAUGACUCAACAAUUUAUAAGUAUUCAUUCAUUAAAAUCAUGAAAUGUAAGAAUUAUAUUAACAUGAAGAUGUUCUUAAACAAUAUAUUCAUCCAUUUAUUUCUUCAUUAUGAAAAAAAGUCUACAAAUUUUGCAUUUUUUUAUCUUAAAAAGAUUUUAUCAAAUCUAUGUGGUGAAUUUGUCGUUAGUAUCCAUCAGUUAAUAAGUGAUAAUAUUAUAAAUUUUGGUGGAUCUAUAGCUGAUUUGAUAUUGAACCCUACAAUACAAAAUAUGAUUCAUCGAAUUUCACAAAUUAAUUUUGCAAUAUUAAUUCGUAUAAAUUCUUCAAUUUAUAAAAUGAGAAAUUCUCAUUUACAUGAUUAUAAUCUAAGUAAUGAUGAUGAAUAUAGAUUAAAAUUUGCAAAAUUAUCAAAAAUUUCCCAAUUGUUUAUUAAAAUUAUAGAAAUUUGUAUAAAUGCAAUGUCAAGAUUAUCUAGAAGAUAUUAUUAUGCAUGGAGAGUAUCAAAAGCACAUACUUUUAUAUUGAAAAAUUGUUUGAGUAAAGGAUUAUAUGAAAGUAAUAAAUCUAGUUUAAUUGAAUUUUUAGAUUUAUCAAAUGAUCAAUUUAAUGAAAUUUUACAAAUUGUGGAAUCUUCAAUUAAACAAACUAAGGAAUAUAGUCAGGUUUUAACAAGUAACGAGGAUGAAAAUUUUAUCAAUGAUUUAGAAAUUGAUCAAUUAUGGAUGCAAUUGGCACAAUACAAUAAUGAGAAUAUUACAAAUAAUAAAAGUAAUAACUCCAGUAAUGAAUUUAAUGCACAGAAUAAUCUAGAUAAUCUAAUCAAAGAUUUAAAUGAAAUGAAUCAAGAUCAGUUAAAUACAAAUUUAUUAAAUGAUGAUUUAGAUCAAUAUUUUUUCAAUAUGGAUCAAAUGUUAGAUAAGAAAUUUAAAUAA